AUGAGUAAUGAUGUGUUGAGCUACAAGGUGGUGUGGCAGCGUACAACCAAGUUCUUGGAAUACGAUGCAGACCAGCAUGAGUUAGAGAUAGAGAUGGGCUUUGAAGACCCAUCUAAUCCUCCAGUUCCAGGCUGUAAUCUUUACUACAUGCAGUGGCGGACGCGACGGUUUGUGGAGCACUUCGUGGUGCGCUUACUGACGGCGCUGCUCAUCCUCAUUGAUAUGAUCCUCCUCUUCGUGGAUCUCUUCAACCACCCCACCAACAAUGACCCCAUCGAGUACUGCUCACUUGCCUUCUCUACCUAUUUUAUGAUUGAAGUUACCUUAAGGAUGUUCGGAUUGGGGCCCCGAGUGUUCUUCAGAGCAUGGCACAAUGCCUUAGAUUGUUUCCUGGUGGUAUUUACGUUUAUUCUCUCUGUGGUCACCGUGUGUGUGGAGAACAUGUCUUCCAACCCUGCUAGUUUGAUAGUGGCUCUGCGACUAAUUCGUUUGGUGAGAAUAACACGCAUCCUGUGGGAGAGACAGCACCUUCAGACUGGUGCUCGACAGUUUGUGUCCCAGAACAAGAGACGCUACCAGCAACAUGGCUUUGACCUGGACUUGACUUACGUCACACACAGAGUCAUUGCAAUGUCUUUCCCAUCCACAGGACAGAUGUCCAUGUAUAGAAAUGAUAUUAAGGAGAUCUCGCAUUCUGGGAUCACAUCAGCUAUUGCUGCCGCUGGAAUAAAACAUUUCAAUACAAGAGACAUUGAGCUAGUGAUGACACUUGUCACUUGUUCUCUGCAGGCUGAAAUACUGCUGAGGAAGAGUUAG